CAGGACGCCGCUAGAGCUGGGGCUGCCGCACCCUCCACCUGCUUCUCCAAAGGCCUUCCCGGACGCCUGGCUCGGGCCCAGCCUGAGACUCCGCCAUGCCCUGGAGGAGGCGCAGGAACCGGGUGAGUGCCCUGGAGGGCGGCCGGGAGGAAGAGGCGCCCCUGGAGGUUGCCGCUGUGCCUUCGGCGCUGUUAACGUCCCCGCAGCAGACGGAGGCGGUGGCCGAACGGAUUCUGCUCCGGGGCAUCUUCGAGAUCGGGAGGGACAGCUGUGACGUGGUGCUGAGCGAGCGAGCACUGCGGUGGCGGCCCAUUCAGCCCGAGCGCCCGGCGGGUGAUUCUAAGUAUGACUUGCUAUGUAAAGAAGAAUUUAUUGAACUCAAAGACAUAUUCUCUGUGAAACUGAAACGGCGUUGUUCUGUUAAACAGCAGAGAAGUGGUACUUUAUUAGGUAUCACACUCUUCAUCUGCUUGAAAAAGGAACAAAAUAAACUAAAGAAUUCUACACUUGAUCUUAUUAAUUUAAGUGAAGACCACUGUGACGUAUGGUUUAGACAGUUCAAGAAAAUAUUGGCAGGCUUUCCAAACAGACCGAAGUCAUUAAAAAUACUCCUUAACCCCCAAAGUCACAAAAAAGAAGCUACCCAGGUUUAUUAUGAGAAGGUUGAACCUCUGUUGAAGCUUGCAGGAAUAAAAACUGAUGUAACAAUAAUGGAAUAUGAAGGGCACGCUCUGUCACUGCUUAAGGAAUGUGAACUCCAGGGAUUUGAUGGUGGGCAUCGGAAACCAUUGUUUGCAAUACAUUGGAGUGUACAGAGACUGUUCACUGGCAUGCAAACAUUAGAACCAAGUGUUGUCUGUGUUGGUGGAGAUGGAUCUGCUAGCGAAGUAGCCCAUGCUUUGCUUCUGAGAGCUCAGAAGAAUGCUGGGAUGGAAACAGACCGAAUCCUGACUCCUGUCAGAGCGCAGCUUCCACUUGGCUUAAUACCAGCAGGAUCUACUAAUGUAUUGGCACAUUCUCUUCAUGGAGUUCCUCAUGUGAUAACUGCAACAUUGCACAUUAUAAUGGGGCAUGUACAGUUGGUCGACGUCUGCACCUUCAGCACCGCUGGCAAGCUUCUUCGCUUUGGGUUCUCAGCCAUGUUUGGCUUUGGUGGAAGAACUUUGGCUCUGGCAGAAAAAUAUCGAUGGAUGUCCCCUAACCAACGGAGAGAUUUUGCUGUUGUUAAGGCACUGGCAAAACUUAAGGCAGAAGACUGUGAAAUAUCAUUUUUACCAUUUAACAGCUCUGAUGAUGUGCAAGAAAGGAGGGCACAGGGAUCUCCCAAAUCUGACUGUAAUGAUCAAUGGCAAAUGAUCCAGGGUCAGUUCUUGAAUGUCAGCAUUAUGGCAAUUCCUUGCCUGUGUUCAGUGGCACCUAGAGGCUUGGCACCUAAUACCAGAUUGAAUAAUGGAAGUAUGGCUCUUAUAAUUGCCCGAAACACUUCUCGACCAGAAUUUAUAAAACACCUGAAAAGAUAUGCCAGUGUAAAAAAUCAGUUCAAUUUUCCAUUUGUUGAGACUUACACUGUUGAGGAAGUAAAAGUUCAUCCAAGGAAUAAUACUGGUGGAUAUAAUCCAGAGGAGGAGGAGGAAGAAACUGCUUCAGAAAAUUGUUUCCCUUGGAAUGUAGAUGGUGAUUUAAUGGAAGUUGCAUCAGAGGUCCAUAUUAGAUUGCAUCCAAGACUUAUCAGUCUUUAUGGAGGAAGCAUGGAAGAAAUAAAUGAUUCCAAAGUAACAUGUAAUUGUUUCUAAAAGAAAUGUACAAACUAGAAUUUUAAUAUAAAGAAAUAUGGCCAUGCUUUAAACCUGUGGUCCCCAUCCUUUUUGGGACCAGUUUCAUGGAAGACAGUUUUUCCCUGGAUGGGGGAAUGGUUUCAGUAUGAACUGUUCCACCUCAGAUCAUCAGGCAUUAGAUUCUCUUAAGGAACAUGGCACUCUAGAUCCCUCACAUACCAGUUCAUGAUACAGUUUGCACUUCUAUGAGAAUCUAAUGCUGCUGCUGAUCUGACAGGGGGAGGAACUCAGUAAUGCUCCAUUGCUCUAACCUCCCACUGUGUGGCCAAACAGAUAUCCUAAUAGAAAUUGCUAUUUUUGAUGUUACUAACAAUUUAGCCUCUAGGGCUUUAAAAGUCAAGAUGAAAUAUCAAUUCAAAUUCUGGUUUUUUACAAUGUGUUUAUUGGACACACAAAAAACUUUGCAACCAUCAUAAUACAUCAAUAUUUAACCUAGAUAAUUCUGAAAUAAUACAGAUUUCAUAAGUCUGCCUUGAUUUACUGCUCCCUAAUCCAGAGCAGUUAAAUUUCAAAAUCACAGUUAGUUAUAUAGUCUACCUGCCCAAAAAGAAUAACCCAUCUUAAAGUGGUAGGGUUUUAAAAUUCAUCAUACGUAACAAAGUUGAUAACAAAUACUAUUUUGAACUGGGCAAAAUCUAGCCCAAUAUGUAAUUGUGUUCCCCUUGUAUCUGAGAGGCCUGUGUUGGACAAUCAUAGGUACUCUGCUUUCACUGUACUCAAAUAACCUGAAAUAUAUAGUUGUUUCUGAGUAGGAAAGAACCAAAUUUAAAUUUCUUUAGAGACCAUCCUGGAGAAGACAGUUCUGAAUCGGGGCUUGAUUUUUCAUCUAUGAUCCUAGAUGUUCUCCUGAAAGAAGGACUAGCCUUUUUAUAAUGAUAUAAAGUUUAUUCCUGUGUAUACACACUCUGGAUUCAGGAGGUUUUGUGCUUGUGUUUCACUACUCAAAUGCCUUCACAAAUCUCAGAACAUUCCUCACCAUCACUGCAGGCCUGUGAACAGAACUUUCAUCAAUUAGGAUGACUGGCUAGUGGCAGGGACUUCAUAUAAAGAAAUCUUUUCCAGAAUUGUUUUUCCAAAUUGCCUUCUAAUUUGAUCACUUCCUAUAACAGAUGUUCAAAAUUCGGCUACAGCUCUCUUGUGAAGACAGAGUCAGAUAAAAUUAUAUUCUGCAAUUAUCUAGAUCAUAAGCAUAAAAUAAAUAUUACAAACAUGAUUGUAUUUAAAGAAAUUAUUUAAAAUCCAGAAAGUCAUUUAAAAUAGAACCUCAUAUAGUAUGAACAAACUAUAAAAAUAUUUUACCUGUCACUUAACAUUUCAUGAAAAUUUUGAUGUCUUAUUUAUAUUCACUGUAUACAAAUUGAAUCAGUAUCUUUCAGCUAAAUUUAUGAAUUUUGUUUCUUCAUUUCCAUGAUUUGUAAAGAGUAACAAAGAAUUACAUCCAAGCAAAUAUUUGUGUGACAGUCAAUAUUUUACAUAGUACAUAAUAUGUACAUAAUAUGUAUGAAGUAUAGGCCCCCUAGUCUUUGCACAGCUUUGAUUUUAAAGUUAUUAGUGAGGUAUGGUUUCUGUAUUUUUAAAAUCAGUGUAUAUCAGGUAAAGUGCAACACUCACAAUCUUUUGUUUCAGAAUAUAAAUUCAAAUAUUUUAUAACAAAAGAUUUGAAGAUGGUUCUUAACUAUUUACUCCUGGGUAUGCUUGAUAAAGGUGUGUUAUAGGAAGAAUGGUAAAUAUAUACCUACAUAAAAACACAUGUGUAUAUAUACAGAAAGAUGGGGAAAUCCAUAGCUGUAUAAAAAAAUAAUUAUCCAGAAGUCAUUUCACUAAGCUCAAACCAGUGUGCAUGUUCAGUCUGAAGUUUGCCAAUUAGGCCUAUAAUAUUCAUAG